UAUUGGCAUGAGAAAUAUGGCGCUGUCCAUGGAUGUUUACAGAUUUACCCAUGUAGAACCAUCAGUUGGAGAUGGACAACGUGGCGAGGGUGACAUCACUGAUCCAAAUCUACCGGUAGCAAGGAGCGGACAUCGUAUCGUGGUGACGGAUAGCGACCUGUACUCUCUUGGGGGCUACAACCCCAAGUACUGGGAUGUGGAAAAUACAGAAGACACUUACUUCCCACUGUUCAAGGAGUUGUGGCAGUUCAAUUUUGUGUCCCGGAAGUGGAAGAAGCUGAACACAACAGGUCACAUGCCCCUUGAGCUGGCCUCACAUGCAGCUGUCCGUGACAACAACAAACUGCUUGCCUACGGAGGUACCGGUGUGCCGUUCGGUGAGGCGAGUAGUAAUGACCUCCAUGUGUGUGGCCUCACAAGUCACAGCUGGCAGCACUUCAAGUGUACAGGACAACAUCCAGAGAAGAAAUAUGGCCAUGCGAUGUUGCUGAUAGGCAGAUACCUGUAUGUGUGUGGGGGCACCACAGGGUUUGUGUACAACAUGGACGUCCAUAGACUCAGUCUCGACACCCUGGUGUGGGAGAAGCUGUCCUCGGACGAGGAGAGUCCAUCUGACCCAGAGGGCAGAUAUCGACAUGAGAUGGCAUGCUACCAACAUCGACUGUAUAUAUUCGGGGGAGGCACUGCUGGGGAGGCCUACAGGUUUGAGCUGAUUCCGACAUUCUGUCUUACAGAGCGGGUGUGGGAGAAUAUCCCAGCUGUACCUGAUAAACGGUUUGGAUUCCCUGCUCCACGCAGAUGCCACAGCUGCUGCCAGCUGAAAAAUGACGUGUACAUGUGUGGAGGGAUGGAUGGGGUGAAGAUCCUGCCGGACCUGUGGCGGUUCUCUCUGGACACCCACACCUGGACCAAGAUGUCCCCCGACAUGGUGCUGCCCACCUACUUCCACGCUGCAGACAUCGCUCCGAAUGGGUGCAUGUACAUAUUCGGUGGCGUCACAGCAAUUGACAAUGUGAGAACCAGUGAAAUCUACCGAAUAUGGUUGAAGGUCCCCUCACUACAAGAAAUCGCCUGGAAUAGUUUGAUUAGCGCUCUGCCAAGCACGGACAAUAUUGAUAAAGUAAUUCUCGCGGAGCUUGGCGUUCCGGCUGAUUUCCUGGACCGGGUUUCAUGACUGUAGGGGUUGUCUCCCUUCAAAGCAGUUAUCACUGAUCAAAAUGUGCAUGUCUGACAUGUGUGAUGCCAUUGCUUGAAUUUAUUGCAAUGAAGCUGACAUUUAUAUAAUAUUUAGUUUGUGAUUCUUAAAAUGGUUUCUUUGAGAGGCAUUUAGCAGUUGGAAUACUAAGAAGGACAUGAUAUAUGGAAGACGACAUUAUUAUAAUAGGAGCGUUUUGGUGUAGGUUCCAACACCUUAUCAAGUGAUGUACAGUGUAUGGAUUGAGAGGCAUAUAAACAAAUAUGAUAGUAAGCUAUAACUCAACUCCAGCUUUCCAUCAACUCAUCAGAGAUUCCGUGUGUCCUCCACUGUGAUUGUGCUGGAAUAUUACUAAAAAAGCGUAAAACCAUGCUCUCACUCACUCACUCACUCACUCACUCUCUCACUUGUUUAUACUACAGGCUUCUCCUCUUGGCAUUUUAACUCUAACCUUACCCAUUGCAGAUAUGCCAACCUCUACAAUUUUAUCGUAGUCGCUACAAAUUGUAGCCUUAAACUCUGCCAAUAUGAUUGCACUAGAAAUUCUAUGAAAUUUGAAGAAAAUUCAUUCAAAUUUGGACAUAUAGACAAAAACAUAUAUUUUCAUCGAUUAAAUACAUUUUUGGACUUCACUUACCUUCCAUUCAUCAAAUGUAGUGACGUAUUUCACCUGGAAUCAUUACAAGUAACAAACAUAAUUUUAGCGAAAUUGUCAUGUAGUUGACUACUAAUUUUAUGGUCAGACUACUAAUUUUGAUCUUGAAACUACUAUUUGCUUUGGGGUUGGCAUCUCUGCCAUUGUGUAGUUAACGAUCUUCUCCACUCAACUGAAACCCUAAUCCAGGCAACUGUAAAAGCAGGACCUCCACCAAAAUGUUGCUAAUUUUGUAAUAAAGAAGUUGUUCAUCCAUAUAUAUUAUUGUUUCUUCAAGAAAUGUUAUAACUCGAUGUGACUGUAAGCAGGGUCUGAGUCCAAAGCUUAUGUGAUAUAUUAGUGAAGUCUUUCAUCAAUCAUCCGAUCAUAAUCCGCCAUUCCAGUCAGCUAACCGUGCACUGGUUGUGUUGGACUAAUGUUAAUAUUUGAUGUUUGUAUGUUAAAAAUGUCUUUUCAGUAUAAUUUGAUACAAUCUGUUAGAAUUCAGACACACAGACAAUCUCUCCCUAGUGUCUUUGGAUAUCAACCAUGUCAACAAUUUUGUUAACAGUUUGAAAGCCAUGGAGCUUUAAACUUUUAUCAAUGCGUGUUGAUACUAGUAUUUGACAUCAGAGGGAGAUUCUUGAUUCUUUUUGUCAUCCAGAUAUUUCUAUUUUAUCUGUUUGUAGCCGUAAUAAACGGUGUUUUGUGUGUCUACAACUAACCAUUUCUGAUAAGUAACGUCAUGUAGAUCUGACAUCAUGGUAAACGAUGAUGUAAUAAUGAUCUGCAAGGCAUUGUAAUCCAAUUUCGUUUCAGCAGUACAUGUAUCUACCAGGGGAGAUCACUUAAUCUCUUGCAAUAUCUGCCUCGGAAGCAAGUUUUGGAUGAUUAAAACCGGUCUGUCUACUUAUACAAGGCUAACAAAUAUGAUUAAAAUCAAAUCUUUUUCCAAUACAGGGUUUGAUGAAUUCACCACAGAAAAAAUGUCUUGUUUGAUAAUUGUAUCUGGAAUCUGUCAUGAUAUAUUAUGUAUUUGAGAUGGUUUUUGUUCAUCAAUUGAUGUUUUAGAUACCUUACCUGUCAAUAGCAGAGGAUGUUACACCCAAUCAGAACAAAAGUGCUGGAAAUCCAUAAAACAUGCAAAAUAUCAGUUGAAUCUUGUAAUGUAUAUUCAACAUGGUGUCUCAGACAGAUGUACCAUAUGUCAUCAUGGUAAUAUUUUCCUAACAACUAGUAACACCGAGUAACACACUCUGUUGGUGUCUUUCAUUGUAUAAAGAUAUUGAAAAGUUUUAUUUGCUUCCAAAAUACUUUUGAGAAAGUAUUGCAACCAUUUUGACUGGUUGAAGUCGUAAGAAGAGAAACAGGAUAUAUUUCACUGACUGUUGAAAGCUGUUUGACUCACAUGGCAUCAAGAUGUCAAUCAAUGGAUUGACGUCAUAUUGCUGGAAUAUUACUGAAUGUGGUGUUAAACAACAAACUAACAUGUAUUUUUUAGAGUGAAAAUAUUUUUUACUCAUACUAUUUACUUCUCUCUUCCUGAAAAUGGGAUAUAGAAGAAACAUCUGUGUUAUGCUUCCCAAUAUAUAUACCAGUAGUGGCUUCAUGUAGAAGUCUUGACCAUUGAGAAUUAGAAAUUUAUUUAAUUCUUUAACAAUAUUUAGCAUGGCUAUGUUAAUAGCUUGAGACAUAGCCAAAACAAAGACCAAACUUCUGAAAGUGGUAUCUAGUUGUGCUAGUUUUUCUUCAACUGUAUAAGAUUUAGACUUCAAAUUGGUCAUGAACAAAUAGUUUUCAUCAAUCUCUGCUGCUUUAGAUAAUACCUCCAUGUUGCGUUGCAGAAAACGUUGAAAGAGUGACAUAGAAUAAAAAUUUAAAAUAUAUCAGUUGUCAUUGCCAAUAUGAUACAGGGGAACUAGUGCAGAAUUAACAUGAGAAUACUUUGAUCCAAACUUCUGUUUGUUGGCCUGUGUAAUUUGACUUAAUAUUGAUCUUGUUACACAUUAGCAGUCAGUUUAAAUAAUUGCUGUAAUUAAGAAAUUUACCAAUGGCAGUGCUUAAUAAAAUCAUAAGCAACAAGUGUACCGUAUAUUACCGUAGAUCCCCUAACUUGACCCCUACAAUCAGUGUCAAAAUGGUAUGUUUCGUACAUGAGCCGACCCCCGUGAUGGGGUCCUUAUUGCGGUCAACUCAGACCACAGACAACUGACAGUUACCGUCUUGGAUGUAAAACGUAAUUCAUGUGAAUCAUUUGACUUUGUCAGGGAUGCUUAUGAAGAUUACUAAGAUAUUGAACAUGGGGUUCACUAGACUGUGGCGCUUAAUGCAACAGAUACGGUAAUAACCACAUAUUUUCAUCAAAAGCAUGCAGUCAGUGCUAGUAACUAUGAGUCUUUUCUUUUAUAUAUUUCUAAUUUUAGAUGCCAUUUAUUCCAGUUAUUCUUAAUUGCCUCAUUUUGGGGUCUCUGUUUUACUGAUUCCCCGUCAACCACACCUGACUUCACAGUCUUAAGACCUCACAAUGUCCUUACACUGAAUUGGGAUUUGUAGGACAAAAAUACUCAUUUUUCAGUGACUAAGAAUGUGGGAUUUUGUUUAUUGUAUUGUCAGUUCAGAAUUUUACACUGAGUCUUCAAGCCUGCUUGGUGUUCCACAUCCAUCCUCAGUGACGCAUCACCAGCAGACUUUGAAAAGUAUAUUCAUAUUUGUUUUGUUAAGUCAGUACAGAAAAUAUGUUUGCCGACAAUGAUAUCAGUGUCUGUCUGGCCGUGAUAUUGUUGGAAUAUUCUUAAAAGCA